CUGCCACACUCCUUUCUGCUUCCUGCCAGGGGAUGGGAAAUAUAAAGGGUGAGGCAGUAUCUUUUUUUAAAAAUUGGAUGCUGUUGCCACUGCUGUGACAAGCUGCACUGGAGAGUGGAGGAAGCACACACAGUGAGUUUGGCUUGUUGGAGAUAGAAGAUGGCAGAGGCUGAAAGCACAGUUAUAAACACCAGUGUGAAACAGAAAGACCCAAAUGAGGCGCUGGUCAUCGCCGUGACAACCAGGGCCAUCUUCAACCUGGAGGAGGAACAUCAGCUGUUCCUGACAAAGGGCAAGGAAGAGUAUGUGAAGUAUCAGCAACUCAAUGAGGAUAAGCCCUUGGAGCAAGGUACAGCCUUCGCUUUCAUUCAGGCCGUGCAGUUUGUGAAUGAGAAACUCCUGGAGAGAAACCCAGAGGAGAAGGGCCUCUUUGAUGUCAUCAUCCUCUCCAACAACAGUCCAGAGAGUGGCAUGCGCAUCGUCAACAGUGCUAAGCAACAUGGUUUGGAGAUUUCCAAGUUUUGCUUUGUCAGCGAUGAAGAUUCCACCCAGUACUUGAAAUCCCAUAAUGUCAAGCUCUUCCUCUCAGCCGACAGGAUGGAUGUGUGCAAUGCACUCCAGCGAGGAGUGUCAGCGGCUCUCAUCUUCCAGCAGGAGGUGCAGACCCCCAGCACCCAACUGCGAGUGGUGUUUGAUGGGGAUGCCGUGCUCUUCUCAGAUGAGACAGACCGGGUUUUUCGAGAGAAGGGGCUGUCAGGGGCUCUGGAGUAUGAAAGGGCAAUGGAAGCCGUGCCCAUGGGAGAGGGUCCAUUGAAGGCAUUUGCUAUGCAUCUUGGGAAGAUGCGCAAGAAGUUCAGCCAGGAGAAUUCCCCUAUUCGCACCUACUUGGUGACUGCCCGCAGCGGCCGGGAUAUGGGCAUCCGUGCUAUCAAGACCCUCCGCGAAUGGGGGCUGGCGAUUGACGAGGCCUUCUUCAUGGACGGGGCUCCCAAGGGCCCUCUCCUCUCCCAGAUCCAACCCCACAUCUUCUUUGACGAUGGCCUUCAUAACAUCCAGGGGGCUCAAGAUAUUGGCAUACCCUCUGCCUUGGUCCCCUGUAACUGCUGAUGGGCAGGGAUGAAGGGGCAAAGGUCCUCCAAGGAUCAGGCCUCCCAAAUGCAAUUGGAGAACACAAGGACAAAGCUUCUGCCAGAAGGGAUAAGGGAGGAUUUCUAAACCUGUGCUAAGCAAGCUCAGGGGAGAGGGAGAGAAGAUGCUAUGUGCUGAUGUGGUGCUGGAUCUAUUACUCUUGGGUCCCUCUCUUUGUUCCAAAGACAGGGUCCAUCUGAUCCUGGGGAUGUGGCAACAGAAGGCCAAAAAUCCACAGGAAGGAAGGAUGCUUGAAAUGUAACUAUUACGCCCAUCUCUUGAUCUGCCUUAGCCGUCUCUUCAAUGACUGCAGCCCUGCCAGCCACUAGGGAUAAUGUGCUCCACCACUCAUGUCAUACAAGCACUGAAACCACAGCUCUAGUGACGAGACCAUGUGAGCUGAAGACAGCAUGUAACUGUCGUAAGAGGCAGGCAAUGUAAGCUCGGCCUGCACUCAGACGUGAGGGUUGGUCUUUGGAGCGUUGGGCCAGUACUGCUAUUCAAAUACCAAUAUGCCCUCUAAACACUGCAUUUGUUGGGGGUUGUGCUUUUUCAAAGGAAACUAUUUUUUUUUAGUGUGUAUGUUUUAUAUAUAUAUGGGGCCAAAUCCUGAGGGGUGCUGAGCAGCUAGUGAGCACUUGCAGCUUCAGCACUUCAGCAGGCGUUUCAGAUGCUCAGCACCUCCCAGGAUUUGAGUGCCAGGGACCAGGGACUCUGUCUUCUCAUAGAUUCUAGUUUGUAGGUAUGCCUUACAUUGGGCCUGAUUCUGAUUUCCCAUUGGUGUAAAUCAGGAGUAACCCCACAGAAAUCAGUGGAAUUAUAUCAGGGUAAGUGAAAUCAGAAUCCAGUCCUUAAUAUCUGGUAGUUAAUUUAAUGUCAACGGCUCUCUCUUUCACGUCUCUUUUCUGCUCAGUUCUCUCUUUUCCUGCCAGCCACGCAGCCUCUCUGCUGCUCUCUCCUCUAAAUGGCACAGAAAGAUCAAGUCACUGUCAGUUUAUAAUGCACAACACUGCAAAGCUGCUUUUCUUGCAGUAUCUCGAGUAUGUUUGUGCUGAGAAUAGGGUAAGAAUGGCAAGCCCUACGGUAUAUCUGGUCAUUCACACUUAGGAUCCAAGACAAAUCAUGUCCAACGUUAUUUUCCAGAAAUAAUUUUUUUAAGAACUAAGUCUGUGUUGGUUAUAGCUGCGCACAAAUAUGAUGCAAAGCCCUCACAUAGACAUAAUAUACACAGGAUACUAGAGUUAUUUCCUGUGUGUGUGUGCGCGUGUGUGUAUUUACAUAUAUAGAGAUAUAAAUUAUGGGCCAGUUUCUCAGUUGGUGUAAAUCUGUGGUAGCUCCUUUGACUCGAGGAGCUAUGCCAACUUAGCUGAUAAUCUGGCCCUACAGGUAUGGUGCUGCAGUAAUGAUCUAGCACUCCAUUUCCUGUGUGCUCUUGCCAGCAGCAGUGCUUUGAUUUUAGUGCUUGGAUCUCAGCAAACUAUUCCAAAAGGGGCAGGAAGAUUCAAAAAUAACAGCAGAGAACUGGGGUAGUAGGAGAGGGCUUAGCUGAGUGCCUUAUUCUAAGCACGCUGCAUUACACAUUCCUAGUUUCUGUAUCUGAGGCCUGUUGUGAGCAGUUUUGGAUAUUUUGGGGUUUUUUACUGGACAGUAAGCAGUAGGAUGGAGCCUAAUUUAUAUUUGCUAACCUGAAGUUUCUUUCCCAGGGCUGAAUUUCAGCCUUUUGUCUAUGCACACAUUCACCACCAGAGGUCACCAUGCUGCUCCUUACUGAACCAGGUUUCAGUUAGUCUGUAUCAGCAAAAACAAUGAGGAGUCCUUGUGGCACCUUAGUGACUAACAAAUUUAUUUGGGCAUAAGACUGACCGCACACUUGGUAAGGCAACUCCCAUCCUUUCAUGUAUCUUUACCUGCUCCUGUAUUUACCACUCGAUUCAUCUGAUUAAGUGGGUUCUAGUCCACGAAAGCUUAUGCCCAAAUAAAUUUGUUAGUCUCUAAGGUGCCACAAUGUUGUUUUUACUGAAACAGGCAUGUUGGCCAAUUGAUCCCAUCGCUGCUGUGGCAUGCGUCCAGGUCACAAAAUCUGGGCAAACAGAACUUAGCUUUUUGCUUCAAGGGGGCUCUUACAAGCAGUGGAUGAAAAACAAUGUUUAAUUGACAAAAUAUGCCUUGAAAAUGCCCUUUAAAAAACAUUAGUGGAAUCUUCUCUGUGAACCAGCCAACCAUCUCACUGCUCUGCAUUGCACAUAAAAGACCUAAAUUCCACUCCUGGAAUGGAAUGCUGGUCCCUUUAAAGGGGGCAAGGAAGGGUUCUAGUCCCCUCCCCCCCGAGUUUCAUAGGGGAGGUCUACUUACCCUAGCCCCAGGUGGAGCUCUUAACUGCAACAACUUGCGUGUGAUAUGUGAUGAGUUUGGAAGCUGGGAGUAGCACAGCCUUUCGGCUGGGAGUUUGUUUAUAAACAGAGGCAGGGUGAUUAAGAUAGCAAAAGGCUUAUCAUUAAAGUAAAUUAAGGAUUCUUAGAUGAACCUGAAAAUACUGCCAGGCACUUCAGUUAAAAGAUAGGAAACAAAGGGUAGGAAUAAAAGGUGAGAAUGGAGAGAGGUACAUAUUCAACAUAUUCAUAAGUGAUCUGGAAAACAGGAUAUGCAGUCAGGUGGUAAAAUUUGCAGAUGAUACAAAAUUACUCAAGAUAGUUAAGUCCAAAGCAGACUGCGAAGACUACAAAGGGAACUCACAAAACUGGGUGACUAGGCAACGCAAUUGCAGAAGAAAUUCAAUGUGGAUAAAUGCAAAAUAAUGCACUUGGCAAAAUAUAAUCCCAACAAUACAUACAAAACGAUGGGGUCUAAAUUAGCUGCACCCGUCAAUAAAGAGCUCUUGGAGUCAUUGUGGAUAGUUCUCUGAAAACAUCUGCUCAAUGUGCAGUGGCAAUUAAAAAACCUAACAGAAUAUUGGGAAUCAUUAGGAGAGGGAUAGAUAAUAAGAGAAAAAUAUCAUAUUGCCUCUAUAUAAAUCCACAGUACACCGACAUAUUGAAUAGUUCGUGCAGAUUUGGUCACCCCAUCUCAGAAAAGAUAUAUUGGAUUUGGAAAAGGUACGGAGAAGGGCAACAGAAAUAAUUAAGGGUAUGAACACCUUCUGUAUGAGGAGAAAUUAAAAAGACUGGGAUUUUUCAGCUUGGAAAAGAGAUGACUAAGGGGGCAUAUGAUAGAGGUCUAUAAAAUCAUGAAUGGUGUGGAAAAAUUGAAUAAGGAAAUGUUAUUUAUUCCUUCACAUAACACAAGAACUAGAGGUCACCCAAUGAAAUGAAUAGGCAGCAGAUUUAAAACAAAAAAAAGAGUAUUUCUUCACAGUCAACCUGUGGAACCCUCUUCCAGGGGUUGUUGUGAAGAUCAAAACUAUAACAGGGGUCCAAUAAGAACUAGAUAAGUACAUGGAGGAUAGGUCCAGCAAUGGCUAUUAGCCAGCGUGGGCAGGGAUCCAACACCCUGUUCAAUAGGCACUGACUCCAUGGGUGCUCCGGGGCUGGAGCCAGUAGGGGCUCAGAGGCAGGACUGCUAUAUGCAGGAGUGAGUGUUGCUCGAAAGCAACUUUCCGGCCCCAGUGGUUAAUGGAAGGAGUGACAUGGACUCUCCUAAUCACUCCCCUGGCUAGAAAGAUGCUGGCUGCACUGUGAGAAACUGAAGAUGAGAAGGUUAAAGUAGGGGAAUGCAUGUGAGGUGCUGGUGAGGAAGAAUUCUCAAGCUCUAGUGGAAAUACUGCGGACCACUGCAUACUGAGGAAGGGGGAGGUGAUGCUAUCUCUUUCGUAGAUAGAUUGCUAAUAGCAAUAGUCUUCUUCAGCUUGCCACUCCUGUAGUAGACCCAGAACCUCUGGCUGACUUACUGAAGUCCUCAAAUCUUGAUUUAAAGACUUCAGGUUACAGAGAAUCCACCAUUUAUUCUAAUUCAAACCAGCAAGUGACCCAUGCCCCAUGCUGCAAAGGAAAGCAAAAAAUCCCAGGUUCCCUGCCAAUCUGACCUGGGGUAAAAUUUCUUCCUGACCCCAAAUACAGCAGUCAGUUAGACCUCAGCAUGUGGGCAAGACUCACCAGCUAGAUACCUGAGAGAGAAUUUUCUGUAGUAACUCAGAGAUCUCUCGUCUAGUAUCCCAUCUCCAGCCGUUGGAGAUAUUUGCUAAUUGCAAUCACAGGUGGGCCAUAUGCCAUUGCAGACAAUCUCAUCAUACCAUCCCUCAAACUUAUCAAGCUGAGCUUUAAAACAAGUUAGGUUUUGUUUCCCCCCCGACUCCCCUUGGAAGGCUGUUGCAGAAGUUCACUCCUCUGAUGGUUAGAAACCUUUGUCUAAUGUCAAGCCUGAACUUAUUGAUGGCCAGUUUAUAUCCAUUUGUUCUUGAGCCGACAGUGGCCCUUUGAUAACUCUUCUCCCUCACUGGUGUUUAUCCCUUUGAUUUAUUUAUAGAGAGCAAUCAUAUCUUCCUUCAGCCUUUGGCUUGUUUAGCCAGAAGAAAGCCAAGCCCCUUAAGUCUCCUCUCCUAGGGCAGGCUCUUCGUUCCUGUGAUCAUCACAGUAGCCCCUCUCUGCACCUUCUCUGUUUGAUUGUGCUGUGUGCUGAUGAGUGAUGAACUGAAGGCAAUCGUGCAGAAAGGGUCUGACAUCCAUUCUUCACCAGUAAUAGAUUAUUGCAUGGCACAGAAGAGCUGGUUGAAAAAUCUCAUUUUAUUUCAGCAAAAAUGUCCAAUACAAAGACCUUGUCUUUAAAUGGCUCGUAGGAAAAUGUCGAGUUUUUGACCCAAAAAAAAAAAAAUUGACAAUUUAGUGGAAAUUGAACCAUUUUCAGGACACAUUUCACCAGCACUGUCCUUUUUGGUUGAAAAAAAAAAUUCAACUGAAAAAUUACAGCCAGGUCUAGUCACUAAUAACAGUGACUACUGUCCGAUGAUAACAAAUUCAGUCUGCCUCUGUUUUAGCUAUGAAACGCUUGAGUAUCACCUGAGUGAAAUCUAAGGUUUUAUUGCACCAGUCCCUAAAAAGGAGGUGAAUCAUAGAUUUCACAAAUGGAAAAGGCCUGUUAGGUCAUGCCUGUCAGUGCAGAAUUGUUCCCUACAGCACAGAGUCUCGUGUUUCAUCCAGUCUAUUUUAAAAUGUGCCAAGGGAUUGGGUUUCCAUCAUUGUUCCAUAGGCUAAUACAGUGGUUCUUAACCUAGGGUGCACGCACCCCCUGGGGGUGCGAGAUGCCCUUUGUGGGGGUGCGAGACAUGCCAGAUUAGCCGCUAAUAGAUUCUCUGAUAUUCAGCCUAAGUUUUCAUUUUUGUAAUGUCAUCCCAUAUUCACUCAGUAUCAAAGGACCACACGGUGUCUUUCCAUCUGGUGCAUAUUUAUGUCCAUCCAAUAGGAAAACAUUGCAUGCGAUCAACCAUUGCAGCCAUCAGAAAUGAAUGUUGUUUGCUGUUUAUAUUUAAAUUUUGGUCUUACUUUUGAUGAUGACAGAUGCCGAGAAAAAUUCAUGGAUAAGAAUUAUGGUAACACUGCUGUGGGGCAUAGAUGCAUUUGGAACUGGUCAGAGUUUGAUAACGAAAUGUUAAUAGUCCCAGACUGGUGAUGACUUGUCUGCUUAGGGAGUGAGGAGGGUGUCAUGCAUUAGAGGCAAAACACUGCACACCAGCAUGAGAAAAACAUGGACACAUGAGAUCAGCAGAUUAUAGCCACAAACUCUAUAGCCCCAGUGGAUGAACAAGAGAAGGAUCAUGGGGAGAGGAGGAAAAAAGGUGAAUCAUUUCUAUUUCAAUGCGAUCAGAAAACGACUUUUUAAAAAUGAUUUACAAAUUCCAUUCCUGCCAAUGCUAUUUUCUUGGAUAAAUAAAUAGAUGUAUGAACAUCA